AUGGUGACAGGUAAGUUACAUUUCCAAGCGUUAUCAACCAAAGAUUUUAACUUUUCAUUAUUAUAUUUCAUAGGAUGGCCUUUUGAUGAUCAACUUACGCACCUCUGGGUGACGGGCCAAUUGGUUAUCCGGGCGGGUUAUUCGGCGCCAGGCAUGUUUAUCUUCAAGGAAUAUUUAACAGGUUUGAGUGGCUAAAAAUACAUUAGCCUUUCCUGCUACUUACGGUUUCCACUUUGUGGAAGUCCAAGGCCUUCUAUUAUCAACAAUUCUCUUAUACGCCAGAAGCUCGGUUUAAAGUUACCGUGUUAUCUAACAAAAUGCGAGAAAAAUUGGUAAAGGCCUAGGUUUCAUUCCAAUUCAAACAAACUUUAAAAUAAAACCUGAAAGAUCCAUUGCAAAUUUGCAGACAGAAAACGUGCUGGGUUCUCACUUAUUGAAGUGAGUAUUUUAGAAAUAUCAAUUAAAGCAUGCAUGGAUUUAUCGUCCGAUCGUUGGGGGUAAAUAAUUGUUUUUCUAUCUUUCAAAUUAUUUAGGAAAUAGGAGACGGUUCCAUUUCUCGCGUUUAUACAUGAUUUUAGGCUUACGCAGAUGCAACCUACGUCACCCAUUCUUUGCAAAAAUCAGAUUUCUAUGUAUCUGCUGAUUGAAAAUUAAAAGAUCAAAUUUAAAAACGUCUGUCUAGCGUUUUACUAAACACGGUUUCUAAAAAGCACUAGCAGUCUAGUAUUUAAGAUUAAUUCCAUAAGAAUAUUCCCGAAACUAAACACACAAGCAAAGCAUUAAGUUUACGUAUCUCCAGACAUUUGCUUAUUUUAUGAUGAAUUGAAUUCAGACGACGGCAGUAUUUCUAAAUUGUCUGAACGGAAUCGGGAAUGUCUUUUAUUGUCAUUUAGUUUGUUUAAAUUCGUAAUAAGGCAGCAAUUGCAACUUACUUCGAAGUGUUUUGCUCUGUUUUUGGGGUCAGUUAAUACACGUGUUCUCCGUGUACAGCGGACAGUCUGUAAAACUGUCACUUCGAAAUUUGUCUGUGUUUAAAUACUACUCUGCGCAAAUACGAGGACGUGGAAAGAACAUGUUUUUUGAGACAACCACCUCCUGGGUCUUGCCGUGUCUGUCAGCGAAUUCGCUCUAGUGACAGUUUGCCUAUACGUCGAAAAACAACACUAUGCCUUUUUAUGAACCCACGCAGUCGGGAAUGGCGUUCGGAGUGGCAAUCACAGAGUUUACGCUUCAGGUUUUGAGCAAAAUAAAGGUGGGGGGGAAGGUAUUAGGUUCGUUCGGGAGCGUGGUUUUUCCAGAGAGGACAGAUCAACGCUCGGCUGUUCUCAGGAGCUUUUCGUCUGAAAAUCGCAUUCCAUCGUUUUAUCAGAUAUAAUAAGGGCACAGGUUGUCCACUGGAAAUUAGUUUUUGUAUGAGGAAGUAGGAUAGUUCAGUUAUUAUAAUAUCCGCAUGUAUUCACACAUUUCGAAUUUAAAAGCAAUUAUAUUUAGAAGGCGAGGAGCUCUGAUCAAAAAUGCGGAGCAGUCAUUAUUAUCUCUCAUAGACGCAAGACCUUAGACUUAUAAGUUAGCUCAAGUACCGGGAUUUUAAUUUGAACAGACGCAUAAGGAAGGGAGGCACCUGUGUCUUAGAAUGCAAAUAUUCAGCUGCUAAUUUAAACCGUUUCCCGAAAAAAGACUGGCAGGCGUGACAUUUAUCCUCGCUUAUGUAUUACGGGAAUUUGAAAUAAGGAGGAUAACAUUGACAUUCGUAAUUAAAAGACAUGUGGGAGUAUUUAAGGGAAAAAAUUUAAAGCAAAUGCAGCUGAAUAUACUCAUUUCAAAUUCAACUCAAACCAGCAUGCAAUGUUCAUUGCCAAGCUCUCUUCUCAGUACGAUUACGCUAUCAACAAAUGCUAACCCCUCUGCACCACCGCACAUUGCAUUAAUUUGGGGUAAAUGUUAGAGUCACGACAAGGAAUCGGUAUCGCUUGUAAUUUGGAUUUGGGUCCCUGGUCCAUAUUUCCAUAUCCGCCCUGAUAGGCAAGUGGUUUAGGAGCAGGCAGAGUUAACUGCCUUCCCGUUACUCUGCCUGCCUCAUUUCGGAAGGACCCUAAACUCGUUCCGCUUUGAUAGUGAUUCAGAGCCAAUUGCGAUGGCAACAGAUGACCCGGACGUUAAGUUUCAUUAUCUCUUUGUAUUCUACCGCGUCGCAUCUCAACGUACACUCAUAAAUUAAAUUAUUCGUUGUUUUCCCCUAAACCAGAAUGGCACAUUUUAAGAGAAGAAGAAGAAGAAGUAGAAGAAGAAGAAGAAGAAGAAGAAGAAGAAGAAGAAGAAGAAGAAGAAGGAGAAGCAGUGGAAGAGGAAGAAGUUGAAGAAGAAGAAGAAGAGGAAGAAGAAGAGGAAGAAGAAGAAGAUGAUGAUAAUGAUGAUGAUGCUGCCGCUGCCGCUGCUGCUGCUGCUGCCGCUGCCGCUACCGCUGCUGCUGCUGCUGCUGCUGCUGCUGCUGCUGCUGCUGAUGAUGAUGAUGAUGAUGAUGAUGAUGAUGAUGAUGAUGAUGAUGAUGAUGAUGAUGAUGAUGAUGAUGAUGAUGAUGAUGAUGAUGAUGAUGAUGAUGAUGCGAUCACUGGAACGAUAAGUUUAUUGGUCCGAAGUUUCGAAUUCCUACUAAAGCACAUCAUCAGAGACGGUUGCAGUUGGAGGUAGUGGGGACACAAAUACUGAAGUAUUUACAGCACGUGGCUGCCGUAGGGUCACAUGCGUACUAUAAUCAACAGCUCUCGCGAUCACUGCUGGGGGUCGUGUUUGAUGCGAUAAUGGCUCGUCAGUCCGCGUCGGAGUCGCUGAUGGCCGCAAUUAUAUCAUCUGUGUUGGAUCUUGAAAUGAUAAUUACUCAGAAAUUUGACCCGUGGACACCAGGAUGGUUGAGCACCGCCAACCUCCCCACGUGAGCGAUUUCCCUGCAGAGCGAAUAUCUCAACACAGAAUACGGUAUUGGGCGGUCACCGUGCUUGUUAAUAUAUUGCGACCUUGAGAACCAUGUCCUGAGCAGCACCCGACUCACACGGUGGUCAAAUCUUGCGAGGAGUUUGGCCUCAUAAUACUUGAAAACAGGCUGGAUUCUGUGAAAUGUGCUGCUGUCUGAGAGCUAGUGUCUUUCCUCCUCACCACUGCUGCGUGCUCAGCUAUGCGCGCCUGGAGUAAUUUCCCAGUUUCUCCGAUGUAGUUGUGCAUCAGAUCCGGUAAACGACUCCAGAUGUUCCUUGCGGUGGCAGUGAGUCUUUCAGCCUCACGACUUCGCGCCUGAUAGUCGCUUCCGGCCUGUGUGCAACCCCAACUCCAAGUGGAGUGAGAAGGCGGCUGACAGCUUCCGAGACGUGUCUCACGUACGGAAGCGCUUGCUCAAAUUUAGGGCCGGUCGGAUUUGGUUUCUGGUGUUAUCUGCGUACGCUCUGGUUGACAAAGUUGCGCGGCUAACCAUUGGCUCUCAGUAUCUGUCGAAGAUAUUGUAAUUCAGCAACCUUGUCUUCCGGUUCAAUGCAAUGCGUCCCAACGCGCUGGUACGGUGCCCUUACGCAACUGCGUUACAGACCGAUCGGGUGGUUUUCGUUAAAAUUUAGUAAUUGCGUCGUGAACACAUUGGCUUUUAGGCCACUCGCUGUUCGCUCCCAUCGGCUGUGUUGCAUUUUGUCCUCACCUUCUAUUUCCAAAAGCGCACAAAAUUGAAAAAAUAUGUUAGCGGUUGAUAGAACAUACCCAUUUCAGAUAUGGGAAUAUAGUGAUUAGUUGGUAGAACGACGAUGCCGACAAAGACGAUGGUAAAUGCAAUGGACGUUUCCGACUUGCUGGUCGUCGUCAGCCAGAAGAAUUGUCUAUUUCCAGAGACCUGACGCAUAGGCCUAUUUCCCUAUAAUACAAAAUGUCAUCAAAAUCUAGUGUUUUAUUUGCCCUUGAAGGAGAUGGCUCAUGUUAUUCAACUAAAAGUGUAUACAUUUUCGGCAGAGGGGAAUGAUCGAUCAGAUCUUAGCUUGAUUUGCCUGCAGUUUUACGUUCGAGCUGUGUAUAGUUACCUAAACUUGACGUCACUCCUAAAACAUCCGUGGUGAUCGACUUACAACACCGUCCUUUAUGCUCUAUAUGGGAUAUUAAUUCGAGGAGAUCUGCCAAAAAGCAAGUCCAUGCAAAAUCUUAUACCUAAACACCUUACCUUGUGCAUUUUGACCUCAACUGACCAAGUGAACGAAGUAAUACCAAUCAGUUAGAAAACCAUAAGACAAUACGCUAUCCGCAUUCCGAGUGUCAUUAUAAAGAGAUCAUGACAGUUUUACGCACAUAUACAUAUAAUCACGAACGUCCACUGUGGAAGUAAACAUCAUUGUCCCACUAUUACUUCGGCAAUGCUUUGGCACAAACAUCUAAGUUUUUACUGUUGUUUCUUUUUAAAUACGAAAGCAUUCUAAUCGAAUUCACUAGAAGGAGACUUCUAAAUAAAACCGAACAUCGGCCAUUGGGUAUUCGUAAAAUAAAAAACAGUAACGCGCACCUUAAAUACCACUGCGCGCGAGUACUUCAGUUUAAUAGGUCUCUAGGAAUACGUAUAGAGCAGUAGACCAUUGAAUAAUGGGUUGUAAUGUAAAUGUCUAAUAUGUCCAUUUUGUAGGAAUAUCACUUCACAUUAGCCUAUCCAACCUAAGGAAAUGCAAGAUUUUUUAAAAAGUACUUAAGAUCCCCAUACGUAUACAUUUGGCGAUAGGCAGGCGCAUAGUAGCUACCCGUUCCUUUUCGUCGACCUUAUGCAAAGGUGCCUUUACAGGCACAUAUAGUAGCAUUAUAAAUUAAAUGUAUUUAUAUCCCCUAAGUACCACAUUUGAGGAAAUAUUUUAUUCAAAACCCUGACUAAGUAAUCCACCCAUAUAUCUGAAGACAUGGCGUGUUCCAGGCCUACCAGAUUAGCACAAGGAUCUUUAUUCACAAUCAUCUAUAAUCAGUCGUAUGUAGUCGUGCAUACACUAAAUACUGGGAACAGUCCACUCACGACUAGGGCUCCCAUUGUUGGUGUCUGCUCAUUCCGGAUUGACCGAGAUUCCUUCGAGGUCAUGCACUCGGACAAGCCUUGCAUUAAUCGGCGUUUUGGGUUGGAUACCACGCUUAGGAAUUUUGGGUCCGAAAAUCAUGGACCGCAGUUAAUCCAUGUAACGUUUUAAAAUACAAUGGCGUAAAAAGGAAGGACGAACUCGGUGCAGUCCAAAUGAGUAGAAAGUGUGAUCGAGCUAUCAGGAUUGAGUUAGAAAGAGCUCUUUAGGCCAUCCGACUCCUAUGAACACUUCAUAUGAUGCACACAGUUAAGAAUGUGAAAAAUCAAAUGGACAAGCCAACCUACUCAGGACUGCCUUAUCUCCUCCCUCUGCAUACAUGUAUAAUAAGGUUGCAUAUGCCUUCACCGACCAGAGAAUGGAGAUGUUCAUCACCUUGCGUCCUGAGGCUUGACCUAAAGCUCUUGCGGCCAACGGCACAGUGACCAGUGCUGAUGUAGGAAGGAAUACUGACAGAGAGAUGGGAUGACUGAAAUGGCAAUUCCUGGUUUAUUAGCCGUUGUCAGUAACCCAUAUCCUAAUCCAGCUUUGUACCGCCUGCGAUUAGAACCCGAAUAAUUUGGCUACUGAGUGUCAAGUCUAACGUUCUACCAUUGAAUCGAGUGCCUGUAACUCUGACGCCUGCGAUCGGGUCUGGUCCGUAUCGUUGCGUUACUGAUUCUGGUAAGAGCUCACGCAGACGGUCACCUAACGACCAGUAGUGAUGGACAAAUGAAUGCCAAAGAAGGAGGGAGGCUGGAAUGGCAAUUUUUGACCUAAACAAUUUUACAGGUGAAUUAACUGAGGUCAUCAAAUUUGGUGACAUUUUAAACAGCUCAGUACGGUAAUUGGGAAGACGACUUAGAGGGAUGAAACGUGUUGGAUAAUUAACAAGAUGGAAUGUUUAUCUGAUAUGAGGAUAGAAGGGAGUUUUCUAGGUAAACAAGUUUAUAUAACAGCAAACACUCGGAAGGCAUGAAUGCACAACACAACACAGUUGUUGGUCAUGUAGGGAAGGGAAUAAAGUAACAUGAGAGUGAUUGGAGUUAUUACCGUCAUCGGCGAUUACCAUGGACAUGUGUGACUGAUCAGGUGCACCGGCAGAUCACAGAAUUUUAAAUCUUUUCCCCGUAUUUCUUCCCGGAAACAAAGCUCUCACACGCUACACGAAUUAAUUACUAUAUAGAUUUAGAUGUUACAUAACACUUUUUCAUGGAAAACAGAAAGCGAUACAAGUAAUGAGGAGGGAUGCCAAAACAAAUAGCGUCAAAUGAAACAGGCAAAGUUUAUACGAAGAAAAACAUGAAAGAGACGGUAUAAUAAUAAAGAGCUUUUGGGUACGUCAAAUAGGACUGAAGAAACAUCAGUGAAAAGUCCAGACGAUUUACAGAAAAAAGCAUACUAUAUCUCAAAAAAGGCUUAAAGAGCUACCUUAGUAGACUGGCAACAGCCCCCUGUCUAUAAACGAUAGGUUGUGAUUAUAUUGUACUGUAGAACAACUUCUGCAUACGUUAUUUUGUGGUAAAAUUAUGUGCGGGGUGUUCCCUCAGUCUUCCUCAGUACGACGAAGUUAAGGAAAGGGAGAUUGCUGUCAUUGUAUUUGUCGAGCGUGAACGAGAAUCCUGCUGACGUUGAGUUGAAAACACUGAGAAACAUUUCCAAGUGAUCUCUCCUAACGACACGAAAAUUUCCUCCACAUAACGUUCCCAUAAUGUGCGGUUAACUAAUUUUGCCUCGUGAUCUGAACUAGAACGCCGGCGAUAGAUGACCAUAGGAGCUUCCUUCAUUUGUUAGCACAAUUCCCGGGCACCUAGUCUUAUCGGUUGCGAUCAGAUAUUUAUAAUGGAAAUGGAGCGACCGACAAGAUAACGAGUCCGUGACUGAGUGGUUAGGAGAGUUAAAGCACUUAUCUAAAGAUCGCUGAACCGAGCCCCAGGAGUUCCACAGUUCAGGCUUGGAUAUGACUGGAUGACGACGGCAAAAACCAGAAAUGACUUCCGCACUUUAUUAAGAGAUGACAUUUGUGUUUUAUUAACGUAUGAGAUAAGGGGUUUAUAGGUUGAUUUACCUUCUGACAAUGACAACAUCUUGCCUUCGAAGCCUUCUUUGUUUAAAAGUGCCGUUAAACCUCCUUUACUUGCCGGAGGAAUAAUAAUGCUUUUGUUCCUUUUUGAUGUCUUUCAUGUCAUCUUUUCUUGCUCCACGAAUCCUCUUUUUAAUGCCUGAACUGUUAAAGCGUUUUUCUGACGUAAAUGAUAUUUUUCGUUUAUUUUAACCGUCUAAACUCCACAUUUUGCCCCGCAAUUCAGCCGCCUCAUCUGUUAAUUAUGUACGCGACUAAGCCUUCGUAUUCAGGCUUUGGGAAUUUUCACGUUUCAUGAAUUCAUAUUCCCAGAUAACGUUCUUCCACCCAAACCGUCUAUUUGCUUGUGGCAAAACGCAACAUGUUGUUAGUUUUUUAGCUAAGAAACGCGGAAAAUUUAGGAGGCCUAACAUUCCGAUGAAUCAUGCAGUAAUCGGCUGAUUGAACUACAUGCCGUGUAGAACAAUUUAAGUAAAAAAUUGAAGAGACGACAGCCAAUGCGUGCGGUAUGUCAAUCCAGGGUCGUGGUUUAUUGGCAGAAAUCAAAUGGAAGUAUGGAUUUUAGCUGUUUUGACUUCUUGGGCUGUUUUGCCUAGUUUUGCACAUUUUCCCCACGUCGGAAUGCCACCUUGGCAACCAGUGCGAAAAAUAGCGCAAGAAAUUUUUUUAGAUUUUCCAAAGGGCUUAUAGCAUCUAAGGUAAAUUUCUUGGGCUACCCAUCCUGCAAUACAUACGUAUGCAUCACGAUCGCGAUGUAUUGCUACGAGCUAGACGGUGGGAGAAAUGUGCAAUUCGCGAAAGGCUUACACGAGGGCAGUUAGUAUCUUUACAUAGAGUUCGAUAUAGGCAGAUUUUGCCAAAAUCUGUCCAAAUAAAACCUGCCAUAAGAUCUACUCAACUGUAUGAAAUUGCAUCUUGUUACGACCAAAGCAUGCUUCGUGAAUUUACGACUGGCGAUCAUUAUCGACUUCAGAACUUUCAAAUCUCUUAGGAACAGCACACGCCAUUCUGCUGAGAUAUACACCCUUCGCACGUACUUGAAUCUCAUAAUCAGGGGAUCACCUAUGUUUGCGUCACCAGCUGGCAGAAAAAUUGACGCAUGUUAGACAACAAGCGGAUGACUAUUUCUCGGCAAACUUGCACAAGUAAUGAUUGUUCAUCAAAUAUAAUAAAUCUGUCAUGGAGAACCCUUACAAUAGGCAGGGAUAAUGUGCUUUCCGAUGAGAGCUACUUAGAUUUUUUUGCGAUUAUAAACUCCAUCCUGUCACCAGAGAAUCUUACCGACGAUGUUGGUUUCACAAUAGGAAAUAUCACUUAACAUGUAUUAUAGCACUAAAAUUAUUUUUCUGUUAUAGCACACGAAGAAAGGAAGACAUUUUGGACCUCAAAAAGGAACAAAAGUAUUAUUAUUUUUCUGACAAGUAAAGAAGAUUUAACGGCAAUUUUGAACAAAGAAGGCUUCGACGGCAAGAUGUUGUCAUUGUCAGAAGGUAAAUCAACCUAUAAACCCCUUAUCUCAUACGUUACCAAAACACAAAUGUCAUCUCUUAAUAAAGUGCGGAAGUCAUUUCUGGUUUUUGCCGUCGUCAUCCAGUCAUACCCAAGCCUGAACUGUGGAACUCCUGGGGCUCGGUUCAGCGAUCUUUAGAUAAGUGCUUUAACUCUCCUAACCACUCAGUCACGGACUCGUUCUCCUGUCGGUCGUCGCUCUUCCAUUUUAAAUUCCCGAUCGCAACCGAUAGGUCUUGAUUUUUUUGGCAACGCUCAAUAGGCCAGAAAUGGUUAUUCCACUUCCCCUUGUCUUUUUUCGUUAUGUUAUUUUAAUUUGCUUAUUUCGAUUACAUCCUUUUCCAAGCCCUGCUCAGUUUCCGUUACCUCAUAAUCCUUCCGACGUUAGUCUGCCAUCUGGCAGCCAACGGUUCGUCUGAUAGUCUCUAACUCCAAAUAAAGUCUGUUCUGCAUGCUGCAGAAUAUGCGAUGAACUGGUCUGACCCCUGCAUCUGACACUUCUUGGCUUGAAGAAGGAGACACGAUCGCUGGGACAAGAGCUUUAUUAGCCUGACGUUUCGGAUUUCUGCUCGAACCCAACACCAGAGUCAACAGCAGAUACGGAUGAUUCAUGCCCCAGGGGUUGCAGUAUUUAUAGGAUGCAGUCGCCAUGCUACCGCAUUCCUAUGAACAUUCACGGCUCCCCACUUCAUCCGGUGUCGUUGCACCUGGUGUGCUAAUUGUUUGAUGACAGACAUUUGCGUUGUUAAUUGCUGCAAUUUCAUCACAUGCGUUGGGUGUUGGUGUAAUGAUUGAUCGACCAUCGGAUCGAUCCAGAAAGGCCGGCUGGUCGUUAUCUUCCUCCUUAAUCGUAAAUUGCAUGUCCAGGAAGACUCAAUUCGGGUGUUCCUUGAAUGUCAGCUGUUGAUCCCGGUCGAUAACGCAGUUAUCAUUCCCAUGCCAGGCACAGAACUUCGAUCUGUGGUGUUGGAAGACCAGCAACUCCAACGUUUGCAAGACCGCCUCGACGACGGAGCUCGAAAUCGGCGAACCAGUUGGUCUACCCUUAGCCUGUUCGUAGAUUGUCCCGUCGAACGUGAAAUACGUCCUGAGGCAGAACUUCGGGAGCUGAAGGACUUCGGCGCGUCCAAAACGAUUCUCCUUUUCAUCGUUUUUGCUUUGUCGAAGUAGCUCAAUUGUUUUGAUCGUCAGUUCCUGUGGAAUAGAAGUAAAAAAUCAAGUAACAUCAAAAGAUACCAUGACCUCAUGUGGAUGGAUUCUCACGCCUUUAAGUUUCUACAGGAAUUGUGCUGACGAAGAGAUCGUGUUGUCUGACUCAGCGGUCAGAAAUUUGAGACGCCGGAACAGCCACUCAGCCAGUCCGUACGUUGGAGUAGCUUUGAGCUACGCGAUGGGUCAGAGAGGAGCGCCGUCUUUGUGUACCUUAAGGAGACCAUAGAAUCGGGCCAAAGCCGUAUCUUAGGGUCUCGCCAUGUGUCUGUUGGCCAUCACGCCAAGUGCAACGAUCCCUGAUGAAGAGGGUGGGGAGUCGUGAUUAUUCAUAGGUAUGCGGUAGCAUGGCUACCGUACCCUAUAAAUACUGCAGCCCCAUAUGCAUGAACCACCCUUAUCUGCAGCAAUCCGAAACGUCAGGCGAAUAAAGCUCUUGUCCCUGCGAUCUUGUCUUCUUCUUUGUCUUCAACAAAGUGGUAUAUUUAUGAUCGCGCCACGCGGUUCCGUUUAAAAUUAUUAGGUAACUACCGGCCUCAUGGCAUGUCAUCUUAUGAAAACUUUUGUUCCUACGACGUCCUCAUUGGUGAAAUCAAGCAAAAUCCAGUUUCUCUUGUUGAACUUCACCUUAUGUACAUCAAAGAAAUAAAAUUAGAAACGAAACACUGAAAACUCUUUUGGAAUCUAUACUCGGGGUGUAGGCAAACCGUCAUAUAUGAAACCACAGUAAAUAUUAAACGAUAUUUAGAUGUAAACUUCCCUAUUAGAGGUUAUUUUAUGUCUGAUUUCCCAUUUACUGCGUUUUUGAUAUGAGAAUGCAUCCUAUACAUCUUUACAAGAACUUUCCUUUAUUAGAGCCAUUUUUUACGUUUUCGAGAUCUUGCGCUUUCCAUAACAAAUCGGCAUUUCUAAACAACGUAACGCUGCCUUUAAUAUUUCUUUUAUGUUUUUUAAUCUUUUAAACUUUAAUUUAAUUAACAUAGAAAUCGGACUCAUAAAAAGGUGUCGUUUUGCGAGUGAUUGACAAGCAUUGGUAAAUGUCGACACAUUUCAUGAGUUAGGUCACUAACUGUAGGCCGGGAUAGGCCAGGACAAAGACGCAGCUGCAGAGUGAGAGCUGUCGCCAAUAUUUUGGCUGGGACAUGAAGGUGGGCAGAUCGGGGAAAGUGGAUGUCGCGAGAUCUGAAAACCGUCAAAGAAGAUAAGUACUCAAACUACAUCAAGCAGUCGGCGAAUUCAGCUAGUUUCGAGAUGUCAAGAUCCUCAGAGACGGAGACAAAGAUCACCUGAAGAGUUAUUGACAGGCAUUUCAAGUGAGAAUGUCGAAUAGACAUACAAAAGACGAAGUAUUUGGUCGUUAAGCUCAUGAGCGGAAAGUAGGUAUCGGUCCCCCGGAGUUAUGCCAGAUUUUUUUAAAAUCAACAAGCGUGUUAGAGAAUUGUGAACUGAUUAUUGAAAGUGAGUAUUAGUCAGACAUCGGAACGGCUUAAAAGUCAAAUGCUCAACAGAAUCGGUAUAAUGAAUAUAGUUUACUUGAUGUGCAACGUGGAUUAUGAUCAUUUUUUGGCUCAUCUUCCGAGGAUACACCCCGAUCUGUUCAGUUCUCAGAUUAGUGCAGGUGUUCCACAAAUGAGUUCUUCACAUCGUGCACUUAAGCACCGUUCUGCGUCGCCUAUUCCUGCAAUCAGUUGGAUAGUUUUCCCAUUUCGUUUCAUCCUACUCUUAUGUUGCGCUCCUUUCUUCGUUUAUAGUUUUAUUUAAUUUCUUCUGGUUUUUCUCCCCUUUCCUGCUCUUCGACUUUUCAGGAUAAAUCCACAAAAGGCAGGCAUCAUAGCCAGUCUGUCGCCAUUGUCCAAAGCCCCGCCGCCUCAAGGUCAUUCAACCCUUGCCUCGAGCAGUUCUGGACGUGUUGACUCGAAGCCACUCUGCCGACAUUAGCUCGGACACACCUGCGUCCACAUAGUUACAGCUGCCCAUUCGGUCGCUUGGAGGUACCUCCCCGGACAACCACAGCCUAAGCUACUAAGACACCACUCCUCGACAAAUGCAACGCACGUUGAUUGGAGGCCACUUGAGCUUGGCCCACGAGCCUACAUAAGCGGCUGCCGUCACUGUCCCAGGAACUCUCAGGCAUGACUUGACGCAGUCAACACUAGACCCGGCUUCGCCAGUGGCCACUGACGCCUGAGAGGACAACUCCGAGUUUUGUAUGCAUUAAACCCCUCAUUCUAAUGUCUUCUGUUCUCUUUUUACAACUUGUGACUUGGCCUGGGCGCUCUGUGCACUCAUUCUGGCCGCCUGGCCGCUGCAAAUUGGUGACAAACCCGACGUAAUCGAAGCGCAAUCUUCUGAUCUGGUUCAAAUUAAAUGCCACGAAAUUCCUGUUCAAAUUCGGUCCACUUUGAUGGCAGUCGCUUUUGUAUGCUUGUAGGCCAAGCUUAUGUGUUCUCCAAUCGGGGCGCGUUGCAUUUGCCGAGGUAUGGUGUCCCAGUGGCUUAGGUUGUUGGUUGCAGGGGGUGACUCGUUCAAGCGGCAGGAAAAGGAGACUCAAAGGGCCACUUCCGAUACAAUUGCCCACCAUUUACUGACAACUCAACAUCAGGACUGAGAAUCUACUCAUACUUACCCGACCUUUAAAUAUUAAACAAUUUUCGUGGUCGCAUUUUGACAUUCUGUUAAUUGCUCAAUCCUGAUUCUUUUGCAGUUAUUAGCUGGGUGUUGUAAUUAUAAGCGUGUAUUACAGCGCUUCGAUGAUGUUGGAAGAUAGAAAUGAGCAUAUUCAGGAACAUGUGGCUUCACCGAUUUAUUCUUUUGCAGUCUGGAAUCUUGAGGGAACGCUUUCAGUCGGCUUCAUCCAGGUUGUCCUACUCGAUUUCUACGCAGUCGUUAGUGUCGGCCGUUUUUGGCGAUAUAUUCUAUCAUUCUUGAUAGUUAUAAUGAGAAGGAGAAUCCACCAUUAAUUAUAUAUAUUGUUGAUACGUACACGGAAUGAACUUUGCUAACGGCGGCCUCAGUAUUAUCAUGGAUGCGGACCUAUCCCAUCAUGUAAGGGAGAAACUUUAAUGAUCGUCUUUUAGCCCAAGUUUAUUCCAGCGUUUACAGAUAACGUCAAGGAUUGUGUAAAUUAUGUAAUCAAAUCCUAGGGUUCAGAAGUCAGUGGACUACGAUAUUGUGACGGGUACUCGUUAUGCUUGCGGAGGUGGUGUUUGUGGAUGGGAUUUAAAGCGAAAGGUCAUAAGGUUGGUUUCACGGAUAAUUUAUUCAUACUUCACCACAAUAAAUGAUUUCUUUCCUUUAUUCGAAGCUUGUUAUACUACUCCUCAUGCGGUUUCACAAUCAGUGCUUGGGCUAGUAUGGCUCACCCUAAUGCCCGGCACUCAAGUGUGUACGGUUCAUUUGACGUCCACGGCACUCAGCGGAUCAGUGCCCUCAUUGGUCGACCGUGUGCGAAUGCGCUUGCAGCAUGGUCGUCUAAUCGUCUCACACGGUCACACUUAUUUGACUGUGGCAAAUUCCUUAAACAUUUGUCAUUGGGGUCGACGGCAACUUGUGUCUUGAUUAGAUAAAUACGGCAGCAGUCCUGGUCUGACUCAUUCCAUGCAAAGCACCAUCCUCCGUCGUGCAUCUACAGCAUCAAUUCGAGUGUUUAUAUCAUAUCCUUUUCCUGCUGUCACCUCAGACCCCGAAUGACUUUGGCAGUGUGGCGGUCAAGGAUGUGAGAUCAACUUAAACCACGCACAAUAAGUUCGUUUCGUCUAAUGACAGAAGUCAGGGAGCUGUGAGGACUAGUUUAUUCUGUACACAGGGCAGGUUGCCGUAAGUUGGCUGUUAGCUUGCAACAGAGAUAAGCGUCCGUUCACGGAGAGCGUCAGUCGCGGUGUGUAGUUUACGCGGGAGUGAAAGUCUGUGUCAGUAGGUGGGGAUGACGGGUUGGAUGCUGAUCAUGAGAUUGGACGGAUUAGGCGAGGCAUAAUUACAGGGGCUUACGGGUAUCAAGCCAGGUCGUCUGACGCGCAUGAGGUGAUAAUUGUUUGUGGGGGGAGGCGGGGGGUCACUGCAGCUGGACAGGAGGGGGGCCCAGUUAUAAUCGGCGGGGGUGGUUGUGUGUCAGCGGUCUGGCAACGAUUGUCGCGGCCAUCGACCGACAAAACGGAGCCGGAGAAAAGGAGAACUGGAGCGGCUGCUACAACUCCCCCCCAGCCAAUGACGAACACUUAAGCUGAAAUCGCCGUCUUUCUCAUGUGCAUCGAUUUAUCAAGGACUGAUUUGUUUCUCUUUUUGCUGCAUUAUUUCGCCCACCGCCGUCUGGCCGCGUCCCAAGUAAUUGUCAUUCAUAAAGUCAUCUUGAUGCUCCUAGUCAGCCUCUUAAAACUUAUAGCACCAAUUUGUUUGGUGAAUUGAUUUACCCUUGUCAUUCUUCCCCAAUAAGUUUGAGAAUGCUCCGACAAUUUUAAAACUGCAUUGUUUUCAGCCGUUGUACCGUCGUAACUAAGGUUCCCGCAAGUGUUAAAGGGCAAGUAAGCCUUCUACGGUAGGUAGUUUCAUGCGCUGUAACUGCGACCGUACCUGCCCCAGCCGAGCUAGAUUGUUUUGAGGUAGUCAGCAGCAGUCACCGUGGACGAGCGUCUGAUGACCACCUCCAUGCGCAAGUGAACUGUGUCGGUGCAGGCUAUGACCCAAACUCUUUAAAGCCUAUAGGUCGACACCGGCGUCUGGUUCGAGACAGCGCCAUUACGCGGCCUCGGCCGCGUAUACAGAAUGACCUAAGAGUUUUAAUAGGACCGUGGACAUUAUCUCUGAGGACAGAGUAAAAAACUUAAAAAGGCCUGUCAAACUUCCUUUUUUGUAAGUUGUCGCUGAAUUUAGCACUUACUUACGUACAAUUCAGUUCAGUUCAAUUUAUUGAGCGAAAUAGGCGUAAAACUUUGAUUACCCUAUUUGCAAUGUAAAAAACCUAUGGUAUACAGAUAAAUGUUCUGGGCUGAAAUAGUUCAAACACGCCCAUAAUGGUAGGAAAAAAAGAGAACGAGUUACAGGGGGUGAGCUCUGCUUCUCAUCGCUCUUGGUCAUUUCGGAACAUAAAUAUGUCAAGAUUCUUUGUAAAACAUUAUAUAGAUGGUGACAUCACAACAUCUACAGGAAGGACAUUCCAUGAUUUGACCACUCGAACAUAGAAGGAGAACUUCCGCACAUCCAACCUCGCCUGCUGAGUGCGCAGUUUUAGCGGGUGUCCUCGGAGGUUGAUCGCGGUGGCAAAUUCAAUAAAGUCCUCGAAGUCCAAACUGCAAUCCAACCCCUUAACAAUGCGGAAGGCUUGCAAGAGAUCCCCGCGAAGUUGCCCGUAACUCAAAGGAAAGAGGUUAAGAUUUACUAGGCGUGGCUCAGGCAGUUUUGAUCCUCAAACACCCACGGCCUCCAAAUGCGGUCGGACGAAUGUUCCGAAUGUCUUUGGGAAAACGUCUUCGUCAAAGUCCAUAAACGCACAUUUGAUGGCGUACAGUACGGACAUUUCGGUUUUUGCCAAUCUCGAGCAGUGGGCGGAUGGCUUUAGGAAACCCGUCGUCAGAACGCCGAGGUCCUUUUGGGCUUCGACCUCUUUUAUGGCUGCAUCGUCCAGAAAGUAGUCUCUUGUGCUGGCGGAUCUAACUGUGUUGCCCCGGCGAAGUAUGCUACAUUUGGCAACGUUGAACCGCAGGAUCCAACGGUGUGACCACUCCUCCAACCGAUUCAGGUUCAUCUGCAGUCUGUCUUCGACGACAGGGCCCUAAAUUACUUCCAUAUCUUCAUGUCAUCGGCAAACAUUGCUACUUCGCAGUCUAAAGCUCUUGCAGCAUCGUCCACGUAGUUCUGAGCCCUGGUGGACAUCACUGUCGACCAUAGCAGGGUCUGAUUUUCUCCGACCGAUGCAGACAACCUGCUGUCGACCCAAAAGGAAGUUUUCAAUCCAUUUAAGGAAGUUGCCACUGAUCCCUAUUUUUUUCAGUUUAUGUUAGAGCCUCUGGUGCGACACAGUGUCGCACGCUUUCUGGAAGUCGAUGAAGGCUAUGUGGACCGCGUGCCUCUCGUCGAGAGCUCGGGUCCAGCUGUGGAGAGACUGCAGCAAGUUUGUCGUGCAGGAUCUUCCUUUUCGGAACCCAUGUUGGCACUUCGAUAG